UAAUUGUCACGUUCAGAAUUCAUGUACCACUUCCAACUAAUUCAUAUAAAAAUAACGUGGUUUUCCUACUCAGAAAUACAAUUUUCCAAAUUUAUUUAAAAACUACAUACAAUUUUUUUAUUAUUUUAAUUUUUAAAUACUUAAAUCCUUAGCUGUAAUCUGUAAUGGUUUAUAAAAGGAAAAAGUAUAGCGCAGGCGAUACUAACCUCAAAAAGAAGUACAAAACAAAACGACGAGUAAAAGAUUUAGAUCAGAUCGAUGAGGACAUAAAAGAGGAGAACGCCGACAAACUCCUUAACCAAGAUAUCGACUUCGAUAAGCCUGGUAAUGCCCAGUUCUAUUGUAUACACUGUGCUCGAUACUUCAUUAAUAGCCAGGCAUUACAAGAGCAUUUUACAACAAAGGUGCAUAAAAGAAGACUAAAAGCUCUACAAGAGGAGCCUUACACCAUCGAAGAAUCGGAGAGGGCUGCUGGACAUGGUAGUUGGAAACAGCCUGCAAAGAGGAAAAUAGAGACCCAACCUCUAACAGAAGACAUUAGUCCAAAUAAAAAAACCAAAUCAUGCUAA